AUGCCCAUCAACGACCUACCACGCGAGAUUCUCUCUGACAUUCUCCUAAGAGCGACCCAGCUCAACGAAGCUGAUGGUGAAAGCUACACUUACGGAUUGACCCAGGCACCUCUACCACUACAGAAAGCAAAGCUCACAAAGUAUUGGCAUGAUUGGGUGCUGAGCUACAAUUUCGAGCACGUCUUCGAGCGCAAAUGGCGAGGAGCCGAGCGAUGGGCGGAGCUCACCUUGAAGAGGCCAAAGUAUAGCAUCUACGAGCUGAUCGACAAGCCAUCUGGAUAUGCGGUAUACCGGGACCCGUACGGCUCUCUGAAACUCACCAAUGAACUAUUCGCGACUGUACCAUCCACAGCGAGUCACGUGCGGCGUCUGUGGUUCAAUGGCUUUUACGAGGCCGAGUCAGACAAGCUCAUCCUAAGUGUCAUUUCGAGCUGCACGAAGCUGCAAUAUUUGAGUGUACCAUGGACUAUCUUGCGACGGGCGACUGCAAAAGACUGGGUCAACCUCCUCAACGGUAAUACCGGUCGUGGGCGACCACUUCACUCGCUGGAGCUGACCGCUGUUUGCCUUCCCGAAGCACAAGCUUGCUCUCUGGAGGACGACCAUACUCCAAAUCCUCUUGAGGACUCUAGUGUUGACUUCAGCUCCCUCAAACGCCUGAAAAUCUUCGGCAACACGUUGCACAAGCCAGUUUCUGAUGAUGAUUUGCAUCACAUCGCCAAGACUGCGACCAACCUCGAGUGUCUCGACUUCACGAAUCUUUCGACGAUUUCAGUAGCAGGAAUGCUAGCUCUAGUCAAGGCGUCCCGCAACACUCUGCAAGUACUCGAGCAUUCACCAAGGUCUAGCGAUGGGUUCUAUCAUCCUUAUCCCGGCGAUCUAGAGUCUGGCGAGCACAUCUGCGAGCUUCUCGCCAAUUUGCCACAGAUGCGCGACUUGUCCAUUAGCAUACCAUACAUGUGUGCCGAUCUCUUCGCCAACCACGAUGUCAAAUGGGUGGGAGAGCUGCAAGUCCGAGCUACCGACGUCUGUGGCUGCGACAGCAACACUAGUCCGGCCACGAGAGUCGAAAAAUUGAGCACCACCCUCGAGUCCGUGCGCAAAUUGAUCGCAGCACGACGACGAAUGCACAGUAAACUUUCAGCAGAACUCUUUUUCGCGGGCUGUAUCUUCGAGCCCGAGAAGAAGAUAGUGCACGGCGACUUCGCACUCGCCGAAAUCAGCUCUGGAGGUCGCUGGCCGGAGGACAAGCAGCCGAGCACUUUGGGCCCGUACGGACAGACCGGUACCUACGGCAAGGAGGAAGGUUUUUGGGAUGCUAUUAGCGAGGAGGAGUAUUUGUAUGCGGUCAGCCGGCAAUGGGUUCAGCUUUAA